AUGCCCUUUUUUAAUAAAUGUUUUCAAAACGUCUUUGCAAAGGAUUCCAAACCUUUUUACUUUUCCAAAAAACUUGGAUCUCAACUGCCUGUCCAAGAAUCUAUAAUUCCAGAAGAGGCCGAAAGGUUUCUCAUUGCUGAAGGUGUUAGACGCUCCACAAUUGCCGGUGAGAAAAGACCGUGCAAAAGAGGUGAUGUUUUCAAAGUGUCCUUGCUGUUCCAGGGGUUGAGGACAAAAUUCAAAUCGUUCAACCCAAAGAUGUUCCAAUGGAUGAAAUGGUUGCAGCAAGUAAACGACACCGAUUUUAUACAAUCGUUUGUUUCGAAGCAACAUUCUGUGGUUAGAAUUGGUGAGUCUGCAUUUACAUCUGCUGAUAAAAAGUAUCUCAUCUACAGAGUUUCAAAGGAACACUUUGAAGAAAUUGAAAGUGAAGUUGCAAAUUCAACUACUCUCUGGGAAGAAGAUUUAGUUUUGCCUCCAUAUCUUCAUCUUUUUAACCAACAACACCAACAACACCAACAACACCAACAACACCAACAACACCAACAACACCAACAACACCAACAACACCAACAACACCAACAACACCAACAACACCAACAACACCAACAACACCAACAACACCAACAACACCAACAACACCAACAACACCAACAACACCAACAACACCAACAACACCAACAACAACAACACCAACAACACCAACAACACCAACAACACCAACAACACCAACAACACCAACAACACCAACAACACCAACAACACCAACAACACCAACAACACCAACAACACCAACAACACCAACAACACCAACAACACCAACAACACCAACAACAACAACACCAACAACACCAACAACACCAACAACACCAACAACACCAACAACACCAACAACACCAACAACAACACCAACAACAACAACAACAACAACACCAACACCAACAACACCAACAACACCAACACCAACAACACCAACAACACCAAUGA